UUUUACUUUGGAAUGUGCUGCUCUAUUUUUGUUUUUCAUUUUUCCCCUUCAGAACCAUGACAGUUUAUGCCCCAGCUGAGCAUCAGCCAAAGCUUGGGCGAAGGAGGGAUGAGCUGACAGAGGCAGAACAAAUUAUAUAUGAUCACUUUUCUGAUCCCAAGUUCGUCGAGCAGUUAAUAAAAUUUUUGUCUUUAGAAGACAGAAAAGGAAAGGACAAAUUUAAUCCUCGCAGAUUUUGCCUCUUCAAGGGCCUUUUCAGGAACUUUGAUGAUGCCUUUUUGCCAGUCCUGCAGCCCCACCUGGAGCAGCUGGUCGCAGACUCCCACGAGAGCCCCCAGAGAUGUGUGGCUGAGAUCAUAGCUGGGCUCAUAAGGGGUUCCAAGCACUGGACCUUUGACAAGGUGGAAAAGCUUUGGAAGCUCCUGUGUCCCUUGCUCCGAACAGCUUUAUCCAACAUCACAGUGGAGACCUACAACGACUGGGGCACCUGCAUUGCAACCUCCUGUGAGAGCAGAGAUCCCAGGAAACUGCACUGGUUGUUUGAAUUGCUGCUGGAAUCCCCACUGAGUGGGGAAGGAGGAUCAUUUGUGGACGCCUG